AUGCCUGGAAGAACUCGCCCAGUCGAGAAGAUUGCCAAAGCUUCAGCCCAAUGCUCCGUAGAGAUUGCGGCAUAUGGCAAGUGUGUUGUUACGGAUUACAACUCAGUACAUAAAGAUAUGUGUGCGAAAGAAUUCAUGCGACUCAAGAAUUGCUACCUAGCGGCAUCCAAAAAGGGCUGA